CCCCCGCUGCCCCUCCUCUUUCACUAUUAACUCUAACCCUAAUCCCGCGACCCACCUCCCUCCCCCCUUCAUUCCUCUCGUUCUCUCCUUCCCUCCUCUCCUCUCUCUCUCUCUCUCUUUCUCUCUUUUUAACCCUAACCCUAAUUCUUUACCCGCCGCCGCAGACGACGAGAUCCCUAGAAGGUGUUCGACGCCCUUUCGAAGUAUCAACAUACCAAAACAAUUGGACUGGUUUGUCAAUGUUUACGGCAAAUCGGGAAGGAGAAAGGGGCCAACCAAGAGUGGGACGGUGAUAUUUAAAAUCGAUCCACGAGAAGAAGAUGUUGUGCACAGGGCAGCGAGUAUAUAUUGUGAGGAAAUAACCUUAAACUGGGAUAUUGGAUAAGGAGUAUUGUGCAUGUCCACAUACUUCUUUGGAUGAAAGAUCCUGCAGAACUUAGUUCUUCAUGGCCCAAAAUUCAUCUCGUCUACACCGGUUGCUCACCUUACUGGACACUGGCUCAACUCAAGCAACAAGGAUUGCCGCUGCUCGACAAAUUGGUGACAUUGCUAAAUCUCAUCCUCAAGAUUUAAACGCAUUGCUGAAAAAGGUUUCUCAAUAUCUCCGCAGCAGGAACUGGGAAACAAGGGUUGCUGCUGCUCAUGCUAUAGGUGCAAUAGCUGAGAAUGUCAAGCACGCAUCUCUUAAGGAGUUAUUUGCAUCUGUGGAAGCAGAAGUAGUGGAGGCUGGAUUUUCUGAUGCUGCUAAAGACAUUGGAUUGGCAUGGUCAAGUUUUGAUCCUAACGUAGCUUCAGGUCUCACUUUCAGAAGUUUUGAUGUUAAUAAAGUGUUGGAAUUUGGAUCUACUUUAUUGGCUUCGGGGGGACAGGAGUAUGAUGUUGCAAGUGAUAAGAGUAAGAACCCAGCAGAGCGCUUAGCUCGUCAGAAGCAAAACCUUCGCCGUCGCUUGGGAUUAGAUGUUUGUGAGCAGUUUAUGGAUGUGAAUGAUGUGAUCAACGAUGAAGAUCUUUUGGCACAUAGAGGAUACUGGGGUGCAAAUGGACAGAAUAGUGGAUUUUAUGCAUCACCAUCUGCACAGAAUAUUCAACAACUAGUUGCUACCAUGGUCCCUAAUUAUCGUCCGAGACGGUUAAGUGCGAGAGAAUUGAAUUUACUUAAACGCAAAGCAAAAAAUAAUGCAAAGGAUCAUACAAAAUCCUUAACGGAGGAUGACGAUCUUGAGGUCCCCAAUUCAGCAGUGCCUAAGGACCUGUCUUCUGAUCCAGCAGGGGCCAAUAAGGAUUUGGCAGAUGCAAUGGAAUUUGAAGACAAUCCAGAUUUUGAUGAGAGUGGGCGAUGGCCUUUUCAACAAUUUGUGGAUCAGCUUAUUCAUGAUAUAUUUGACCCUAUGUGGGAAGUUCGUCACGGUAGUAUUAUGGCACUGAGGGAAAUUUUAACAUAUCAAGGUGCCUAUGCCGGAGUGUAUUUUCCCGACCCUAGUUUGGAAAGGCCUAUUGCUGAAGUUGAUGGUAAGAAUUAUUUGGGUGUGAUAAAAAGGUCUCGAGAAAUUGAUCUAAAUGAGCAAUUUGCGGCGGAUGAGUAUGAAUCUGACUUGAAGAGACAAAAGUUUGCCGAUGACUCCAAUCCUUAUGAGAUUAAAGCUAGCAGUUUAGACAAGGAGCUUAGCAAUGGUUGUUACACAAAUGUAGAAGCUGGUCCUAGGGAAUCAACUCAAACAUUUGUUAAUGAAGUCCCUAAUAGUGCCUGUGUAAAGGCAGAAUUGGAUUUAUGUAAUAAUGGCUCUACUCCAUCAUGCAAAAUUGAGGAUUUAAGUAGCUCCAGUUUAUCGGCUGGUUUUCUUGCAAGUCUUCCUCAAAACUCCAAGCUUAUGAAGCUGAUUAAGUUGGGAAGGCUGUCGUGGAUUAAGAACUGGGAAUUUCUUCAAGAUUGUGCUAUUCGGUUUCUCUGCGUACUCUCUUUAGAUCGCUUUGGCGAUUACGUGUCUGAUCAGGUUGUGGCCCCUGUUCGUGAGACCUGUGCUCAGGCUCUUGGUGCUGUGUUGAAGUUUAUGCACCCUUCAUUAGUUCAUGAGACUCUGAAUAUCUUACUACAUAUGCAGUAUAGGCAAGAAUGGGAGGUUCGUCAUGGAAGCCUUCUUGGGAUAAAAUAUUUAAUAGCUGUUCGACAGGACAUGCUUCAGGAUCUGCUUACCUAUGUCCUCCCUGCCUGUAAAGCUGGGCUGGAGGAUCCAGAUGAUGACGUGCGAGCUGUCGCUGCUGAGGCACUGAUACCCACUGCUGCAUCCAUAGUCUCCCUCAAUGACCGUAUGUUACAGUCGAUUAUGAUGUUGCUUUGGGAUAUUUUGCUUGAUCUCGAUGAUUUGAGCCCGUCUACGAGCAGCAUUAUGAACCUGUUGGCAGAAAUAUAUUCUCAGACUGAGAUGUUUCCAAAGAUUUUGGGCUCAUUGAACUUGGUGGAGAAACAAGAAUUUGAUCUUAACCAAAUAUCCCAAGUUGAUGAACAAGGUGAAAGCACCAAAUUUAAGGAGAAUCCUUACUCAUUGGCCACUCUGACACCGCGCUUGUGGCCCUUUAUGAGACAUAGUAUUAGUUCAGUUCGCCAUUCUGCUAUACGUACAUUGGAGCGGCUUCUUGAAGUUGGUAACACUAAGAGCUCUACUGAGACAUUGACUUCUAAUUUGUGGACGACUUCUAUCUUGGGCGAUGCAUUGAGGAUUGUUUUCCAAAAUCUACUUUUGGAAUCCAAUGAUGAGAUUGUUCAGUCUUCUGAGAGGGUUUGGAGGCUUCUGCUUCAGUGCCCAGAGCAGGACUUGGAAUCUGCUGCGAGGUCAUAUUUUUCUUUUUGGGUUCAGCUCGCAACCACCCCAUAUGGAUCCACUUUGGACUCGACGAAAAUGUUCUGGCCAGUUGCACUUCCGCGCAGAAGCCAUUACAGAGCUGCUGCUAAGAUGAGAGCAGUGAAGCUGGAAAAUGAUACUACUGAUAAAGUGUUUUCUUUUAAUUCUGCCAAAGAAAGUGCUUCUCCAGAGAAAAAUCUUGAUGUUACUACCACUACGGUUACUAAAAUAACUGUAGGUGCUGACUCCGAGAAGUCUGUUACUCAUACACGUGUACUCACUGCAACUGCCUUGGGGAUUCUUGCUUCUAAGUUGCCUGAGAGUUCCUGGCAAGUUGUUGUUGAUCCAUUGUGGAAUGACCUUAUCUCUCUCUCAGGAGUCCAGAGACAAGUAGCAUCUAUGGUUCUUGUAGCUUGGUUCAAAGAGCUUCAAAGCAGGGAUCCAGCUCUAAGUCGAGUCUUGCUUGGUGUUUUGGACCGUGUGAAAAAAUGGUUGCUGGAUUUGCUAGCAUGCUCAGAUCCUGCAUUUCCUACAAAGGAUUCAAUUCUCCCUUAUGCUGAACUUUCAAGAACAUACUCUAAGAUGCGUAGUGAGGCCAGCAGUUUGUUCCACAUAGUUGAAUCUUGUGGCAUUUUCAAAGAAUAUUUAUCUAGUUUUAACUCUAAUUUGGACAUGAUUGGUAUUGAUGAGGCAAUUAAUUUCGCUUCGAGGCUCCCAUCACCUGCCGAAUCACAUGCCGCCUCUAAUAUUGAAAAACGCCUUUUGGAUGAGUUAGAAUCAGCAAAACAACGACUUUUGUCUACAGCAGGCUACUUAAAAUGUGUUCAGAAUAAUUUACAUGUUGCAGUCUCAGCAUUAGUUGCUUCUGCUGUAGUAUGGAUGUCAGAGUUACCUAGUAGACUUAAUCCAGUAAUUUUGCCUUUAAUGGCUGCUGUCAAAAGAGAACAGGAGGAAAUAUUGCAACAGAAGGCUGCCGAAGCCCUGGCCGAGCUAAUUUAUAAUUGUGUUGGUCGUAAGCCUGGGCCAAAUGACAAGCUAAUUAAGAACCUCUGCAGCUUAACAUGCUCUGAUGUUUAUGAGACACCGCAGGCUGCAGUCAUAAACUCUAUGGAGGUCAUUGAAGAACAAAACUUGUUGUCUUUUGGGAAGGCAGGCAGCAGUCAAAAAACUAAACUUCCAGUGCUUUCAGCCAGUGAAGAUAGGUCAAAGGUGGAAGGUUUCAUAAGCAGACGUGGGUCAGAAAUGGCACUUAAGUACCUGUGUGAGAAAUUUGGGCCUUCACUAUUCGAUAAACUUCCAAAAUUGUGGGAUUGCCUAACUGAGGUUCUCAAACCCAUAUAUGCUGACGGUCAGCUUCCAACCGAUAACCAGCAAGUCUUACAAUUAAGCAGGGCUUUUGAGGAUAAGGAACCACAGACUUUGAUAAAUAACAUCCAGGUGAUUCGUUCAAUUGCACCUUAUGUUGUCGAGUCAUUGAGACCUCAAUUGCUCAAUCUACUUCCUUGCAUUCUUGCGUGCAUGCGCCAUUCCCAUGUUGCAGUGAGAUUAGCUGCAUCGCGAUGCAUCACCUCAAUGGCGAAGUCAAUGACUGCUGAUGUAAUGGGUGUUGUGAUUGAGAAUGUUAUUCCUAUGUUGUCUGAUACAUCAUCAGUUCAUGCAAGACAGGGUGCGGGGAUGCUUGUCAGCCUUCUUGUUCAGGGGCUGGGUGUGGAGUUGGUACCUUAUGCUCCUUUACUUGUAGUCCCUCUCCUCAGGUGCAUGAGCGAUUGUGAUCGUGGGGUCCGCCAGAGUGUGACUCACAGUUUUGCUUCCCUUGUACCUUUGCUACCAUUAGCCAGGGGAGUUCCUCCUCCUGAUGGGCUAACUGAACGCCUAUCUAGGAGUACGGAAGAUGCGCAGUUCUUAGAACAGCUUCUUGAUAACUCUCAUAUCGAUGAUUACAAUCUAUGCAUCGAUCUUAAAGUGGGAUUGAGGAGGUACCAGCAGGAAGGAAUCAACUGGUUAGCUUUCCUAAGGCGGUUCAAACUGCACGGCAUCUUAUGCGAUGACAUGGGGCUGGGAAAAACUCUUCAGGCAUCAGCUAUUGUAGCAAGUGACAUUGCAGAAUGGCGUGCACAAUGUAAAGAAAAGGAUCCAAAGUCUUUGAUCAUCUGCCCUUCUACAUUAGUGGGUCACUGGGCAUAUGAGAUUGAAAAAUAUGUAGACAGUUCUGUGUUGACUACUCUUCAGUAUGUUGGUUCCAUCCAAGAGAGAACUUCACUUCGUGGUCAAUUUGGUGCUUGCAAUGUCAUUAUCACAUCAUAUGACAUUGUUCGGAAGGAUAUUGAUUAUCUUGGCAAACUAGCUUGGAACUAUUGUAUUCUAGAUGAAGGCCACAUCAUCAAAAGUUCAAAAUCCAAAAUAACUUCUGCGGUGAAACAGUUAAAAGCAGAACAUCGCCUUAUUUUAAGUGGCACACCUAUACAGAAUAAUGUCUUGGAGUUGUGGUCUCUGUUUGAUUUCUUAAUGCCUGGGUUUCUUGGGACUGAAAAACAGUUUCAAGCUACCUAUGGGAAACCAUUGCUAGCAGCUAGGGAUUCGAAAUGUUCAGCUAAGGAUGCUGAAGCUGGGGUUCUUGCGAUGGAGGCUUUGCAUAAGCAGGUCAUGCCAUUCCUCCUUCGGAGGACGAAAGAUGAAGUCUUGUCUGAUCUUCCUGAGAAAAUUAUUCAGGAUAGAUUCUGUGACCUUAGUCCUUUGCAAGUUAAACUUUACGAACGGUUCGCUUAUUCGGAUGCGAAAGAAGAGAUAUCAACCCUUGUAAAAGCUCAUGAAGGAGGAGAAGAAUUAAAUUCUUCACGGAAAGCAACUUGUCAUGUCUUCCAGGCGUUGCAAUAUUUGCUAAAACUAUGCAGUCAUCCAUUGCUGGUCGUUGGUGAUAAGCCGCCAGAGUCUCUCCGGAAUGUUCUGUCUGAAGUUGUCCCAGGAUGUUCAGAUAUUGUCAAAGAACUUCAUGAACUACAUCAUUCUCCUAAAUUGGUUGCUCUUCAAGAAAUUCUUCAAGAGUGUGGCAUAGGAUUGGAUGCAUCAAGUUCCGAUGGUGCUUUGACGGUUGGACAGCACCGAGUUUUGAUCUUUGCUCAGCAUAAGUCUUUUCUUGACAUUAUUGAGAGGGAUCUUUUCCUGUCUCGUAUGAAAAGUGUCACAUACUUGCGCCUAGAUGGUUCUGUUGAACCAGAGAAGAGAUUUGAUAUCGUCAAGGCAUUUAAUUCAGAUCCGACCAUUGAUGUACUACUGCUCACAACUCAUGUUGGUGGGCUUGGAUUGAAUCUAACAUCAGCUGAUACAUUGGUCUUCAUGCAACAUGACUGGAAUCCCAUGAAAGACCUCCAGGCAAUGGACAGGGCUCACAGGUUGGGGCAGCGUAAAGUAGUGAAUGUUCAUCGCCUCAUCAUGCGUGGCACCUUGGAGGAGAAAGUGAUGAGCCUCCAGAAGUUCAAGGUGUCUGUUGCUAACGCCGUCAUCAACGCUGAGAAUGCUAGCCUCAAAACCAUGAACACUGGCCAACUGCUUGAUCUUUUCACCUCUACACCUAUCAUCAAAAAGGGUGGUGGCAUCCUUACGGGGGGCAACUCCAACAGCGAUCCCGAUAAAGAUUCGAAACCCAAAGGAAAGGGCUUGAAAGCCAUCCUCAGUGAAUUGGGAGAGCUGUGGGAUCAGUCGCAGUACGCAGACGAGUACAAUAUCGACAAUUUCUUGGAUAAGCUUAAUAAUGGCUGACAGGUUACCAAUCGCCGCCGGUUGUACAGUGUAAAUGGCCACAAGAUUUUGAUGUGUCACACCCUUUUGAUUCUUUUUGUUUCCUUGUACAUGGCCUCAUUUAUUAGAUCAAGAGGAAGCUGGCUACUAACACAUAGGUGGUCUUUCGUCCUACUUUUGUUUUUGGGAGGUUAGGGUUUAAAUCUACCCCUGCAGAGUAGAAGAGAGAUAGAAGAUCCUCCCGAAGCAUGAUAAGUGUAAAUUUGAGGAGUUGUAUAUAACCUUCGGCUUCUUUUAUAAUCGAAGUUGCAGCUCCUUUUUUUAAUUUUUGUGCUCUCUUCGAAUCUAUGGUGAUGGUUUCUUGGUAAAAAGAAAUAAAGAGAGCGUGUAAUGGAUGCUUUGUUUAGUCUUAUCAUUGUGAAUGGUUUUGACAAUGGAAUGGAAAGAGAGGAUGGAACUAUGGAAGUUCUUUA